AUGUUCACGACUCGUUUCCUCCUGUCCGCCGCUGCGCUGGCCGCCUCGGCCGUCUCUAGUGUCUACGCUGAAACUCACGUUGUGACUUUCGAUAACCGUUGUGGUCAGGGCACGCCCAUGUUGAAGGCAAACGGCCAGACGCUGUCCACUGGCGGCGCGUAUUCGAGCAAUGGUCCGUUAACGGCGGCAAUUGCAUACCUCCAGACCGGCGUGUGUGGUGACAACGGCGAGAACUGCCUCACUAUCGAGACUACGCUCGUCAACCCGACCACGCCCGGCUCAGGCUCAAGCACGGACCUCACCCUCAUCCCUCCUCAUGCAUUCCAGAUCACGUCUGGUUUCGCUUACUACGGGGGAUGCGAUGGUGCGGGGGCAGACUGCACGUCUGGCUCUUGCUCUACAGCUUUCUUCCAGCCGGAUGAUACGCAGGUCCAGGUCGCUUGCCAGGCUGAUAACGUCAACCUCGUCAUCACGUUCUGUGCUUGA